AUGGGCAGCAUGAGUGCGGCUGGAUUGGGGGUGGACUCGCCACCUCCCACGCAAUUUGACACCCGCAACAACAAUCAAGGAGGAGAAGGUGAAGACAUGCACGACUACCGCGCGGACGACGAGGACGAGUACGACGACGAGGUCGACAACAGCUUCGACUACGUCCCUGCUGUGAAUUAUUCCGAGUCCAGCGAGGACUUCGAGGGCGAUGAAGAGGAGAAUGAAGAGACUGCAGUGCAGCAGCAGGAGGCAACGCACGAGGCCGAGUCCCCACUGGGGGAUGAAGUCGAGGAGAACCCCUCGUCGCCUAUCCAGGACGAAGCUGCUGAUAUUGUGGAGGUGGAUGUAGAGCGCCACGCUGUCCUUAAGGACACAACCGUCGUCAAGAAGUACUUGCACUCGGUUGCGACCUCGUCCUCUGCCGUGAUUGACCGCGUGACGUCGUCAACGCUCGAAGCUGCAGCAGCUAAGGACCUGGGAGACAGCAGCAGCAGCAGCAGCUUUAUAACGACUGACAGUGGAGAAGACGAGUCUACUCCCCACGCCAACGACUUGGAAAAUGUCGUGGCCGACACCGCGGAGGAGGCGAAGGUGGCGAGUUUACUCAACGCAAGUGACGAGAAGAUGGACGUCGACGAGGAGGAGGAGAAGCCCAGUGCCGUCGUGCAGAUUCCACCUAAUCCCGAGACUGAAGAACCUGCAGAGGCGAUGGAGGUGGAUCCAGAGGACGAAGUGGUGAGUGAGACGCCACAAAGCGGCGACAUGGCGCGUGAGGCGGACGAUGAGAGGAGCGAUGCCCCCGAUUCGCAACAAUCACAGCCACCUGCAACCAAUGCAGCCACUACAAGUACAUCGCUGAAAGAUCGCGGACCUCUGCCAGACCCCAGCGUCAAGUCAAAGCAGCCGUCAACUCCGUCGCCAAAGACGAAGAAGAAGGCGAAGAGACCGACCAAGUCGACGAAGAGGAAGCAGCGUGCAGCUCCCACUACUGAGCCUCGAAGUGAGGACAAGGGCAGUGAUGCUGGACAUGAAUCCCCCACAACAACACGUGCCGCUGCUAAAGCUCCGACUCACACGCCAAAGAGCCCGAAGCGUGCAAGCGCCAAGAAGGCGAGGAAGUCCUCGACGUCCGCUGCUAGUGAAGCCGGUGCUUCCGGGAAUGAGCAGAAGUCGCACUUGCCGCCUCUGCGUCGGUCCCCACGGAUCAAGACGGAGACCCCGAAGUUCACGUACCCGGUGAAGCUUCUCGCCGAUGAAGCCGUCAUGAACCACUUUGACCGCGUGAGUGCGAGUGGAGCGGCGUCUCCUGCCACUGAGACUAUGACGUGCAAGUAUUGCGGCAAGACGGUGACCACUUCGCGUGGUAUGACAGCGAGACACCUGAAUAGCUGCGCAGCCUUCGAACGGGACAACAGCGAAGAAAAACCAGCAGCUCCGUUGUCCCCAGCGGCUGCACAGGCUCCAAACGUCAAGUCCGAAGCCGCUUCGAGCCCCAACGCAGCAGCCACUUGCCUAGUGGAGCCGCUCGUGCCGUUGAUGGGGUCCCAGACACUUGUUAACAAGCUGAAAAGUGCCUUUCAGCGCUCGCCACGUGUCGGACACGGACCCAUUUCCCGGUUCCAGCCGUUGAUUCGAGACGAUCUCACCGGGUUGCGCCACCUGCGCGUACAGGACUUGCUGGACGAUACGAACGGACCUAUAGUGCAGCUUCGAGUCAAGCAGCGUGGGGCUCAGCGCAGCACGGGGCAGGACCUUUUGGAACCAGUGUCUAAAGCGAAGGCGCGUAACUUGGAGAAGCUCCCACUGCGCUUCCCAGCUCCUCGCAGCGUCGCCGAAUACUUUAUUGCGCCGCUGGCGAAGGAAAUGGGCCUCAUGUACGCAAUGGACGAACACACGGCCCAUUUGGUGAGCUGUCCGCAAGCAGGAACGCUGCUCGACUGGCGGUUCCAUCGCACGGAGACUGUGGUCUUCCAGCUGGGUGGCAAGUCGCUCUGGAAGGUGAAAAUAGGUCACGUGGAGCACCCGCUGCACUGCUUCCACCCCGAUUCGUGGCAACUGGACGCCACAACUCACGUCGCCAAGGCUCACCGCGUGGCUUCGAUGGACAAGAGCGUUUUGGGCUUUUUGUCGCCGCCAGGAGAAGACGUCCGCGUCUUCGAUGAGGACGAGACUGGAAGUGUUGGUCAAGAAGAAGAAGAAUAUCUCCUGAAGCCUGGCUCGGUCGCGUAUCUCCCUGCUGGCGCGUGGUUUGAAAGGGAGAGUCAGGGGCCGAACUCGAUGUGGCUCGAGGUGCAGCUGGUGUCCAUGACGGCGCAAGACUUGGUGUUCUCGGCCUUGAAGCAGCUCGCAUGGGGCGACAAGCAGUGGCGGAUGGGGCUGCAGCUGUACCCUGGGGAUCGCGCCCAAACCAAGUCGAUGCGGCACCACGUGAUGGCCUGCAUGCGGUCGCUGUACAACGUGAUGGCAGAGCUGGAGGAGAGCGACCUGUUGCCGGAGUAUCUGUGCACGGAGGACAUGCAGGACCUUGUGGCGCAAGGGCUCCUCCAGAACGUGAGCAGAACCGCGUCGUCAACGAGUUUCGAGGUGGAUCUGACGAACCCCAGACUCAAACUGAAGCACGAGAAGGUGUUUAAAGGGGUCGAGUACCGCGUGAACCCAGUUGCAGUGUUGAUGAGCGCGGAUGAAAUCCCCCACCUGCAGCCUAAUGAUGAAGAGGAGGCCAUAGAUCAACAACCUGCUGAAGACGGCCGAGCGGCGCACCAUGCCCUGAAGAAGACGCCCAAGCCAAAGCCUAAACGCAAGCAGGCUCUGCGAGUGAUGACACACGGUGGCAAACACACGUACGUGCUGGAGGAAGUGUUCGGGAAUGACGCGCUCAAGUCGCGGCUGCACGUCAAGUUCCAGUGCUCGGCGGACCAGUGGAAAAUGGUGGAGUGGCUCCGCAACCGCGACUCGGAGCCGUUCGAGCUGGAGGAGUUUGUUCGCUGCGACUUGUCCAUUCUCCAGACCAAGAGUCCUGCGCGAUGCGAGGAGAACGCGAGGCAGCUGCUGCGGUUCCUGUGCUUCGUGGGGUACGUCACCCAGGUGAAGAAGCCAGCGGCCUGA